AUGGAGAACGGCACAGAAGGCAAGAACUUCUAUAUCCCCAUGAACAACAGGACGGGGCUUGUGAGGAGUCCUUUUGAAUAUCCACAGUAUUACUUGGCUGAUCCCUGGUUUUUCAAAUUACUGGGUGCCUACAUGUUUUUCCUGCUCUGCACUGGCUUCCCCAUCAAUGCUCUGACAUUGGUGGUCACAGCUCAGAACAAGAAGCUGCGACAACCUCUGAACUUCAUCCUGGUCAACUUGGCUGUGGCUGGACUGAUCAUGGUCACCUUUGGAUUCACAGUCACCAUUUACUCUUGCAUGUUUGGUUAUUUCAGUUUGGGACCAACGAGCUGUGCUAUAGAAGGAUUCUUUGCUACAUUGGGAGGUCAAGUGUCUCUCUGGUCUCUUGUGGUCUUAGCUGUUGAGAGAUACAUUGUGGUCUGCAAACCCAUGGGAAGUUUCAAAUUUACAGCCAGUCACUCUGCAGUAGGCUGUGCUUUCACCUGGAUCAUGGCUGUUGCUUGUGCUGCUCCUCCUUUGGUUGGCUGGUCAAGGUAUAUUCCUGAGGGGAUUCAGGUUUCCUGUGGACCUGACUAUUAUACUCUGGCCCCAGGCUUCAACAACGAAGCAUAUGUGAUGUACAUGUUCAGCUGCCACUUCUGUUUCCCAGUUUUUACCAUCUUCUUCACAUAUGGAAGCCUUGUGAUGACAGUCAAAGCUGCUGCAGCCCAGCAGCAGGACUCAGCUUCUACUCAGAAAGCUGAGAAAGAAGUGACACGUAUGUGCGUCUUGAUGGUGUUUGGCUUCCUCCUUGCAUGGGUCCCAUAUGCUUCAUUUGCUGCAUGGAUCUUCUUCAACAGAGGAGCUGCUUUCUCAGCUGUUUCCAUGGCCAUCCCUGCCUUCUUUUCAAAGAGCUCGGCAUUGUUUAAUCCUGUUAUCUACAUUUUGAUGAACAAACAGUUUCGUAAUUGCAUGCUGGCAACAAUUGGAAUGGGUGGAUCUGUUGACGAUGAGACCUCAGUGUCGACCAGCAAGACAGAAGUCUCAACUGCUGCUUAAGGAUAACAAUUACAGCUUUCUGGACAGCCUCAUUCCUCAUGUCUUCCUGUUUCUGAGUGGCAGUCGUGGCAUGGAUACAAGCAAAUAUAUUCAAGAUAAUAUGUUCUGGAACAUAUGGACAUACGUUUCUCAACACUGGCCAUGGAAAGCAUUUAAUUUUACACAUUAUUAUUUAUGGUGUGUAUCCCAGGGGGAAAAAAGGACUCUGAAAUUAAACACAGUUUACUUGUUGAAUAGUAAUGAUGACAUCUGCUUGGAAAAUGCUUGGAUGGUGAAUG